AUGUCGUCCAAGAAGGUGGCUCCACGAAUCCCAUCCUCAAAUACAGGGGGAUCUCUGAGAUCAACACCAGCAAGGGUAGAGGCAGAGCAAAGGAGACUGGCGGAAAAGGAAGAAAAACAGAAGCUGCUUGCCGAGCUCUUGAAUCAAAACGCGCAGGGACAAAUAUCGGAGAAAGACAAAAAAACAAUUACAAAAUUACAAAAGCAGUUGGGGAUCCAAAGCUUUAGUGAAGCCGUUCAAACUGAAUCAGAGACCGUAAGACCGGCUACGAAUGCCGAUACGUCGGCCGUGGGCUCAGCAGUACCAGAGGUGGAAUCACACAUUGAUACCACAGGAAACGCAUCAGAACACGCCAAACGAGCCACGAACGGUGUUGCACCAGGCACGAGGACAGCAGAGCCAACUGUAAACUCGCAAACAAAACCUCAGUACUCUGAAUCCGGAACUGAAGACGGCGAUGGACACGAGCAGAAUCCACGGACACAUUCUCAGGGUCGUCAAGCCCCUUCUUCCUCUCCAGGGGCCAAAGAACAGGCAGUAAAGGCAAGACGGAAGAAAGCAACAGGAACCCAAUCGAACAUUGUUGAAGCUAUGAGAAAGGCAGGGGUAGAAGUGGUUGAAGAAGGGUUCAUCACUGUAGGAAGCAAUAUCUGGAUGGUUUAUGGCUACGGUCUCCCCAACGCGGCUAAGUACGAGAUGAAAGUAUUGGGAUAUUGCGAUGAGAACAAGCUUAAAACACUUCAAUGGUUGUCCAGUACUGGGAAUCGUAUUUCCCAAUUGAAAAAUGAAAAUGGAAGACGACAAUACAGUUACGAUAACAUUGAAAGUCUUGACGCCGCGACUGUCUUACCCUAUGGGCGCCGCAAAGGGAAAAGAGGAUUACACGAUAAUGAAACCGUAUCCAAGAAGCCCAGAUUUCGGUUGACACUUGUCCAAGUCAAGUGGCGAAAUCUCCUUCCAGAGCAUAAGUCACUGUCGAAAAAUGGCAGAACCUGGGAGCCAAGAUCUGACCUUUUAGGCAUGGUACGCGAAAUAUACAAAGCUCAACUCGACCGGGAGAUCUUUGAGUUGUGCGGGAGACAGGACGUGCGAUAUGAAUCAUGGCUGAAAGAUAAUCAAAAGUCUCAUUUAGCGAUUCUCAAAAGGCCUCCUACUCCGUUACCUGGGAAGCUUGAAUGGAUUUCCGACCGCAAUGAUGCUCGCAAGGAAGCCGCUCGAACCAGGACUGCUCGGCAGAGACCUCCCGGGGUAAGGAGUUCAGAAGAUGCUCAAAGAAGGGCUAAGCAUCAGCGCAACGGUCCAAAGAACAAGCGAAAAAGACGUGACGGACAAAAGGAAGAUGAAGACGGAGAUGAAGACGAAGAUGAAGAAGAGGAAGAAAGUGAAGAUGACAAAAGUGACGAAGAAGAGGGAAGAUCCAGCGCAAGUGGAAAGGCAACCAGUAAAUCUCCGAAAGGGUCUCGAGUCCGUAUCCAAAAUGCUGAAGGGGUGAAACCUCGAGCACCGGAAAAGAAGAACUUCAGCUACUUGUCAUACUUAUUUUCACUCUUGGCUCCACUAGGGAUGACCCCGGACGACCUCGACAAAGAAGAAAACAAGGAUUUGAGAGAGAAAUGGGACGGCGAUUGGGAAAAAUUCAAGAAAGAUAUGGAGAAGGAUGGUUGGACGUGCGUGGGAUUGAAACCAAAGCGUUAG